AUGCAUAAUCUUGUUUUCCUGAUUAAGAUAUUAAAUAGAAUUAACAAAUUCUAUAUUUGCAAAUCUUCUUCCGUUCCAAAGAGUAUUCAAGAUCGAGAUCUCUUAGUUUCCUGCCUUUUGGAAAAUUUUGUUGAGAUGCUUAUCUGUUCCUAUUGCAAAGAUUAUAGUUUCGGAUUCUGCAAGAUAUCUCCCGGAAACUCUUCUUGUUAUAUUGAAUGCAUUCAACUAAGCUGCUCCAAGUGCAAUGUUAUAAGCUCUUCUUCUGAGAAGCUUUGCAAUAUUGCUACUUAA